AUGCCUUUAGGUGCUUUAGGAGGUUUGAGGGAGCAGGUGCUAAAGCCUGGAAAAGAAGACGUGAAGAGCAGUGUGGGAAAUUCUCUAGGAAAACUGCAAAGGAAAAUAGAUGGCAGCAAUGUUGAAGUGGAAAACCACAUUGAACUGACAGAAGAUGGCCGCCCAGUGGCAUCCACAUCCCGUCCUGCUCCGCUGUUGGACUGUAGCUGUGGAGGUCUUCCCAAACGUUACAUCAUCGCCAUCCUCAGUGGUCUGGGCUUCUGCAUCUCUUUUGGCAUUCGUUGCAACCUCGGUGUCGCAAUAGUAGAGAUGGUUAACAACAAUACAAUCUAUGUCAAUGGCACUGAAGUACUUCAGAAAGCCGAGUUUAACUGGGAUCCAGAAACUGUUGGACUGAUCCAUGGGUCCUUCUUCUGGGGCUACAUUGUCACUCAAAUCCCUGGUGGUUUCAUCUCAAACAAGUUGUCGGCCAACAGGGUGUUUGGAGCUGCCAUUUUCUUGACGUCAGUGCUGAAUAUGUUUAUUCCAUCCGCAGCCAGGGUGCACUAUGGUUGUGUCAUGUUUGUUCGCAUCCUGCAGGGAUUGGUUGAGGGAGUCACUUACCCAGCAUGCCAUGGGAUGUGGUCAAAAUGGGCCCCACCCCUUGAACGCAGUCGACUGGCCACAACAUCCUUCUGCGGAUCCUACGCAGGAGCUGUGAUCGCCAUGCCUUUGGCUGGAGUGAUGGUCCAAUACGUUGGCUGGCCGUCAGUGUUUUACAUCUACGGUGUUUUUGGGAUCAUAUGGUAUGUCCUAUGGCUCCUGUUGGCAUAUGGGAGUCCUGCGGUGCAUCCAACCAUAACAGAUGAAGAAAGGAUAUACAUUGAGUCCUCCAUCGGUGAAACAAUCCACCACUUGAGUGCGGCUGAGAAAUUCAAGACACCCUGGCGUCGUUUCUUUACGUCUAUGCCGGUCUACGCCAUCAUUGUGGCCAACUUCUGCCGCAGCUGGACCUUUUAUCUGCUUCUCAUCAGCCAGCCGGCAUAUUUUGAAGAGGUCUUUGGCUUCCCCAUCAGCAAGGUGGGGAUUCUGUCAGCUGUGCCGCACAUGGUGAUGACUAUUGUAGUUCCCAUCGGAGGACAGCUGGCGGACUUCCUACGCAGUAACAAAAUCAUGACUACUACAAAUGUGAGGAAACUCAUGAACUGUGGAGGGUUUGGUAUGGAGGCUACUUUGCUGCUGGUGGUUGGAUUUUCACACACCCGAGCGGUAGCCAUUUCCUUCCUGGUGCUUGCUGUAGGCUUCAGUGGAUUUGCCAUCUCAGGUUUUAAUGUUAAUCAUCUGGACAUUGCUCCUCGCUAUGCCAGUAUCUUGAUGGGCAUUUCCAAUGGCGUGGGAACACUGUCUGGAAUGGUGUGUCCCCUGAUUGUCGGAGCCCUGACCAUACACAAGACUCGACUCGAGUGGCAGAAUGUCUUUGUCAUAGCAGCCAUGGUGCACUACUCAGGGGUCAUCUUCUACGCUAUCUUUGCCUCGGGAGAGCAGCAGGACUGGGCCAACCCCGAAAGUACCAAUGAGGAGAAAUGCGGCUUCGUUGAGCAGGACGAGCUGGCUGAAGAGUCUGAGCUCAACAGCGAGAGCACGGUGGCUCCCAAAAAGAGUUACGGAACGACAGAUAAUGAAGUGGGUUGGAAACGUGGCUGGAAAAAGAAAAGAGGGGUGACCAUGCAAGAGGAGGAAGAACAUUACCCAAAUGGGGACUAUCAGGAUGUACACCAGUGAUCCGCCCUGUGGGGUGACAGACUUUCACACUUUGUUGAAGACGACAAUUUCCACCUGUGGGAUGCUGCAGCGACAGGAAAAACAUCACAAAGUCAACUUGCUAAAAUUGUUAUAUCUUAUUAGGCUUUGGAUUUUUUUUUGUGUCACCUAUGCAACAUGCGCCUGGAAUGCAGUCCGGGUUUGAUAGUAGACUACGGUCAGAAGUGUGUUGUUGUUUUUCCUUGAAUGUUGCAGACUGACAUGAGGCACACCUACUUGAUUUAAUGGCAUCAAAUACAAGAGCUGUGUCUACCUUUACACAGAUACAAAUAACAUUGCCCCGUAAGUAUUAUUGUAACAUUAUUUUGAUCAUUUCAGUUACCUUUAGCUACAGUUGCCCCCAAAAUACCCCAACCCCCAUUGUAAUGCACAUUUCUUUUAAAAGCUUUUUUCUUGCAAACUACUGCAAGUUUCUGAACCUUGCAAAUAAAUCAAAUGUACAAUCAGGCUUGAAUAAUUUGGGUUACAACUGUGCACUAGUGGGGCUAAAUAUUAGUAGGACACGGCAGUACAGCAACAACAAUCGCAAUGCAUAUUAUUCAAUAAUACUUCUAUCAAUGUCAAUCAACACUGAGCAUUAUUGUUGUGCGAAGGCAGGAUUUUUGCUACAGCUCUUCGUCUGCAAGUCAUUGAACCGUGCGGGUGAUGGCUGGUGAGUGAGCAGCACUUUCAUUAUUUCUGCUGUAAA